UUAGCGUACAAGCUCCGAACCGGAAGUGUUGAUGGAAGUUUCGUAAAUGCGGUUUGAAUGUGUUCUCAAGCUGCCUUUUGAUAUGAACGACUCUUACUUUUUACGAAGCUAAUUGGCAAUCUUAUUUCAUAAUGGAUAACAGGAGACGACACAGAGAAUCUCCUGUCCGAGAUGUAAAGACAAAAAUAAAGCAAGAAAAAGUGAGUCCCGCGCGGCCUCCGCGGGUUCGCCGAUCUAGUUCAGACUCCAGCCGAGGAAGCAACAGCCCUCCACCGAGACGACGAGACAGCAGAUCACCUGUCAGAAGAAAGGACAGGUCGCCGGCGAGGAGAGACCGUUCAUCGGGCAGACAGCAGGAGAGGUCACCUCGACCCCGGAGAAGCAGAAGCCCGCACCGGAGCACAGACGUUAGGAUAAAGCGGGAGCAAGAUGAUCACAGAGGAUCUGAAAGUCAUCGGCAUCGUGAGAGAAGAGAUGAUUCAAACGAUCGCAGGAUGAAAAGAGAAGGAGAGCGGCCCCGCCAAAGAGAGCGAGACAGAGAACAGGACAGACAUAGGGGAAGAGAACGGGAUACCCACUUACAACAGCAGCAGCAGGCUGAGAGGGAGCGGCAUAAUGAACGGCGGCGGGAGAAUCGCCUCAGACAGGAGGUUCAGAGUGGCAGUGGCAGUGGCAGUGGCAAUGAGGCACAAGAAUUCGGCGGUACAAAUGAUGAUGAUUCUGCACCUGGAGUGGAGAAGGAAAAGCCCAACUUUGAACUAUCAGGUGCCUUGGUGGAAGACACCAAUACAUUCAGGGGCGUGGUAAUCAAGUAUAAUGAGCCUCCUGAGGCCAGGAUCCCUAAACGGAGAUGGCGUUUGUACCCCUUUAAGAAUGACGAGCCGCUUCCAGUCAUGUACAUCCACAGGCAGAGUGCGUAUCUACUUGGGCGACAGAGGAAGAUUGCAGACAUUCCUAUCGACCACCCUUCUUGUUCCAAACAGCAUGCUGUUUUUCAGUACAGAUUAGUGGAGUUUACACGGGCGGAUGGCACUAUGGGCAGGAGAGUGAAGCCGUACAUCAUCGAUCUGGGUUCUGGCAACGGGACCUACCUAAACAAUCAGCGUAUAGAACCUCAGCGUUACUACGAGCUCAAAGAGAAGGAUGUGCUGAAGUUUGGCUUCAGCAGCAGAGAGUAUGUGCUCCUUCAUGAGUUCUCCGACACAGCCGAGGUUGACGAAAAGAAGGAGGGAGAAGAAGAAGAUGAUGAAGGCCUGGAUGAGUAGUUCUCGCCUCAACGUUUACCAAAGUCACCUGUUUUGUGCUGGACUCUUUGAAAGAGUUUCAUCUGUAGGAACAGAACCAGCAUGAAUUGAUUCAUUCAUCAUUUCCUUUUGGACAAUGACAGAAUCUCGCUUCAGCCUGCCCAAGUUGUCUGUAUAACUCUAUUCUCAGGUGGAUAGCUUUUGUAUCCCAUCAAACUGUGUACAGUGUUGUCCUUAAAAGCAAGUGCUGAAUGCCAGAACUAAUUAAUCUUCAAAAAAAAAAAAACAUAUAUUUUGGAUACUCUUGAAGUAGUGAAUAUAAUGUCCAGAUUUGGUUACUGUAAAUAUACUGGAUGUAUUUGAUGUGAGUAAUGUUUCAUGUGUUUUAGUUUGUAGUCUAUGUGAUUAGAUACAUACUGUGUCCUGGUUUGCUGAACCAGUCCUUUUGCGCCAACAGAUUAUCAUCCCAGUGGUAUCACAGAAAAUACUGACUCAUUUGAA